AUGGUUCAAAUUAGGGCCCAGAUUGCUCACACACGGUUUCUUAUGAGAACAGAGACUCUCUUCUCUCCCCGCUCCCAUGCGGGUGGGCGAGUGAGUGUGUGUAUAUAGACUGGUAAUGUGAACCUCUCCCUCCUGUAUGAUAUGAAUGUGAGCAAUCUCUCUCUCUCUCUCUCUCUCUCUCUCUCUCUCUCCCACUCUUUCUCUCACUCUCUCUCUUGCUGCACUGCCCUUUCCAGGUCGUCACAGUGUUCUUAAUUGACAUGCCUGGUUAACUUAGGGUUAAAUAAAUAAAUGAAAUUCUCUCCCUCUCUCCAUCCCUGCCUCCUCUAGGUGGUGGUGUUCCUGCUGUGCUCGGGGCUGGCAUACUGUGGGGCGGAGCUGAGUGGCGUGUUGGCGGCCCAGUGGUCCAGCGAUGACAGGAACCGGACGCAGCGACACAGAACCUGUCUGGAGAACCAUCAGUACCUCCACCAGGACCUCUGCUGCCUCAACUGCCAGGCCGGUAAGGAGAACCCAGUCCCAAAAUCUGAUCUAGAACCCAAGCGAGAACUUUGGUUAUAUACACUGCCAGGCUAUCAGUACAGGCCAGCAGAAUCAGAGCUACUAGAACCUGAGCCCAGAACCAGAACUAGAAUCACGCCUUAUAAACAGAACAUAGAACCCAAGCUAGAACCAGUCCUUAUGAUACAUUAUCAACAGGCCUUCCAGAGAGGAGGGAACUCUGCCUGUAUUUACAGCUACAUUAUUAGAGUCUGUGCCUUAGAGUCAGAGUAAUGCCAACUAUGUGAGGAUAGCAGAGCGGAACCUAUGCCCAAGCUAGCGGCAGGGAACCCAACCCAGGCUCUGUAACAACACCCAGUAGUAAACAUUAAGGGAGGGAGUAGGGUUUCUUUUUUAAAAGUGGUGUUACUAGCUGAAAUAGUCCCAUUAAAACUUCACCACUGCGUUACUGAUGCCAGCGCUGUGGAAUGAGCCAAGGACUAUUGCUAUUUCCAAUUAGAUGACCUGUUUGGACCUUUUUAGGUCAGUCAGAUAGGAAAAGGCAGAGAGACAGACUGCGCUGCCUCUAUCUCUAGCUAGUUAGUCAGGAAUGCCAAUGACCUUUUCAAGCUUUUCCUCUGUACAUUUCUCACGCUCCCUUCUUCCCUCUAUUGCUCUAGUAUCGGACUGUCUUUUCUCUAAACACAUGAUAAUCAGGUGCCUAAAGCAUGGCAUGUGUGAACGGAGCGUGAAAAAUGGGAAUGUUACAUUACAACCAAGAAAGUAGACACAAAACCACUGCAGUAGUAUAUAGUUUACAUACGCCAUGGCUAUGUGUCUCUGUUCCAGUGUUAGACAUAGAAAAAGCACACACAUACACAUACACACACACCCGACCACCAUCACAACACACACAUACACAAGCACACCACCCCUUUGUCUUACUCGAAGAAAUGCAUCAGGCUAAAUAUGUAUUUUGACCUCAAUAAGGUUAUUGUUAAGUAUUAAUCAAACAAAUAAACAGGGUAUAAUAGACUAUUUAUAUUUGUAAAAAAUGUAUUGAUUGAUUGAUGGGUUUAUUGAUGGACAGGUACGUUCGUGCAGAGGGCGUGUGACCGGGACAUGGAGCAGGGGACAUGUAUGUCCUGCGAGCAUGGCCACACCUACACAGAACACUCCAACGGGAUGAACAGCUGCCUGCCCUGCACGCACUGCCGCAAGGGUAAUGGAUUCCUCUGACUUUUAUUUGUAGUCCUGUAACUGUUGUUUGUCCUUUUACCUCUUACCUGCCCUCUUUUAGCUGUCCUUAAAGAACUGUCUUACAACAAGUUUGUGUCGUUAGAAGAAGAGACUCUCUCCAUUUCACAUGAAGUUAGCUAUUAGCUAACCACAAUGUCUCUCUCUUGUAUCUGUUGCCAAUUCAUAAACGAUUAACCAAGGUAGACACCCAUUCCGGAAGUCUAUUCAUGGAGCAUUGGGCAUUCACAGUUUAGCUUAAUAGACUUUUGUUCCAGAGAGGGCAGAAGAAUACAUGGUCGCUUUCUCCCUGACCUCAAAGCUCCAUGAUAAUUUGAUCCAGUGGUUUUACAUGGCAUACGAGGGUGUGCCUUUCUUUGUUUUUUUUCACACAAACUGAAUGCAGAGUGUGCGUGUUACCUGUAGUGCGUGUGUGUGCGUACUUUACCUUGCAAAGCAGUUCGGUGUGGUUGUUGUAUUGUCUCCCACACCGUGUGUCUUUGUGCCAUAUGAAAGGCCUGACCCACUGAAAGGAGAUGACUGUUACAAGGGAGUGACAUGUUUUGUGCUUAGUCACUGAGAAAGAGAUUUAUUACAUGUGUGCUUCAGUGCAUACACAUCUCACAGUAAACAUUAGAACGAUUAGUAAUAAUAACUUAGUAAUAUAUACCAGUUCGGUGUGUAAAAUAAACUGUUACCUGUAUUAUUGAAUGUAUGAUACACUAUAUAUACAAAAGUAUGUGGACACCCCUUCAAAUUAGUGGAUUCUGUGAUUUCAGCCACACCCGUUGCUGACAGGUGUAUAAAAUCAAACACACAGCCAUGCAAUCUUAACAAGUCAGUUCGUCAAAUGUCUGCCCUGCUAGAGCUUCCCCGGUCAUCUGUAAGUGCUGUUAUUGUGAAGUGGAAACAUCUAGGAGCAGCAACAGCUCAGCCGCGAUGUGGUAGGCCACACAAGCUCACAGAAUGGGACCAGCAUGUGCUGAAGUGCAUAGCGCAUAAAAAUCACCUGUCCACGGUUGCAACACUCACUACUGAGUUCCAAACUGCCUCUGGAAGCAACGUCAUCACAAUAACUGUUCGUCGGGAGCUUAAUGAAAUGGGUUCCAUGGCCGAGCAGCCGCACACAAGCCUAAGGUCACCAUGCGCAAUGCCAAUCGUCAGCUGGAGUGGUGUAAAGCUUGCCGCCAUUGGACUUGGGUUCUCUGAAGUGAUGAAUCACGCUUCACCAUCUGGUAGUCCGACGGACGAAUCCCCAAUGCAUAGUGCCAACUCUAAAGUUUGGUGGAGGAGGAAUAAUGUUUUGGGGCUGUUUUUCAUGGUUCGGGCUAGUUCCAGUGAAGGGAAAUCUUAACGCUACAGCAUACAGUGACAUUCUAGACGAUUCUGUGCUUCCAACUUUGUGGCAACAGUUUGGGGAAGGCCCUUUCCUGUUUCAGCAUGACAAUGCCCCCGUGCACAAAGCAAGGUCCAUACAGAAAUGGUUUGUCGAGAUCGGUGUGGAAGAACAUAUAUUAUUUUACUUUUUACCCCUUUUUCGUGAUAUCCAAUUCGUAAUUACAGUCUUGUCCCAUCGCUGCAACUCUCGUACAGACUCGGGAGAGGCGAUGGUCGAGAGCCAUGUGUCUUCCGAAACACGACCCUGCCAAGCCGCACUGCUUCUUGACACACUGCUCGCUUAACCCGGAAGGAAACACUGUACAACUGUGACCGGCCUGCCACAGGAGUCGCUAGAGCGCGAUAUGACAAGGACAUCCCGGCCGGCAAAACCCUCCCCUAACCCGGACGACGCUGGGCCAAUUGUGCGCCGCCUCAUGGGUCUCCCGGCUGCGACACAGCCUGGGGUUGAACACGGGUCUGUAGUGACGCCUCAAGCACUGCGAUGCAGUGCCUUAGACCGCUGUGCCACUCGGGAGGCCUGGUGUGGAAGAACUUGACUGGCCUGCACAGAGCCCUGACCUCAACCCCAUCGAACACCUUUGGGAUGAAUUAGAACGCAGACUGCGAGCCAGGCCUAAUCGCCCAACAUCAGUGCCCGACCUCACUAAUGCUCUUGUGGCUGAAUGGAAGCAAGUCCCUGCAGCAAUGUUCCAGUGGACGCUGUUAUAGCAGCAAAGGGGGGACCAACUCCAUAUUAAUGUCCAUGAUUUUGGAAUGAGAUGUUCGACGAGCAAGUGUCCACAUACCUUUGGUCAUGUAGUGUAUAUUAGUACUUACACUCUCUCGCUCUCUCUCUCUUUUUUUCUCCCUCUUCAGAUCAGAGCGAGACGGUGCCCUGUACCAGUACCACAGACACCGAGUGCCAGUGUCGAGCGGGCACCUUCUGUGUGCCAGAGCAGGCCUGUGAGGUCUGCAAGAGAUGUGCCAAGUGAGUGCCACCCUAAACAUUUAGAACAUUAAAACCACCAGAUCUCUGUCCAGAAAUCACCCCAGUAGGCCUACUAAACAGCAGCCUGGACUUAGAUCAGUUUUUACUCUAUAGCCAACUUCUAUUGUCAUUGGCAUGACCAUAGGAGUUGGCAAGACCGCACAAACUGAUCUGAGUUUAGUAUUAUGUCAUUUUUACUGCACUAGCCCCUUCAAAAAAAAAAUACUAAUUCCUUUUUUCUUGUCUUCCUAGGUGUAAAGCGGGGGAGGAGGUGGUGAAGAAAUGCACCCCCAUCUCCAACACUGUGUGUAGGAAACGGGACAUCUCUCCUACCCUCCACCCACCUACCCUCCCCACCCCCGCCCCCAGCUCACCAGAGAAAAUGGGUAGGCCUACAUAUGUCUUUACCUCUCUGUUUUAUAGGCUCUUAAUCUUUUUUAUUGAGGACAGAUCAAAUAAACAGAAUGAACUGCAUAUAGUUGAUACUGAUAUUUUUUCAGCUUAAAUAACAUGACACUUUCUUGUCAGUGGAGCGUAAAUUCCUACUUUAGUGAAGUCAUAGGUUAUGGGGUGUUUUAUUGUGAAAAUGCAUAUUUUCUACCAAGUCUGAGAUGUGAUUCUGAUUGGUUGUGUUUCCUCAUUUCUCCUCCCCAAAAGUUACGCCAUUGGUCAUUCUGCUCUUGUUCUUCCUCCUCUCCAUUGGGAUUGGUUUGUGGCUUUGGAUCAAGAGGCCAUGUACAUUUCGGCCAGGUGAGUAACAAAAACAAAUGUCCCUUGCCACUCGCUGUUGAUGGGUUCUGACUUCUAAACUUGAAAUAUUGUUAAUCAUCAGGUAUCCUAUAGACAUGAGGAGUGCCAUAGUCUGGUUUAUACACCAGAAGUUAAUGGUUAUCUGUAGGAGGAAUAUAUAUGGUGGAGGCAAUUAAGCUUGGAAUGUACUGAGUAAAGGAAAGGUUGCAGUCACUGAUAAGGGUGGAGAGCUGUGGAUUAGUGAGGAAUGGGGGCCGAGGUCAGGUCACAUUAAGGGAGAAGGAACAGUUUAUUACCUGCAUCACUUACCUGCAUGUAAUGUUUAGAGGGAAGGAGGAGUUCACCUAAAUUGGAGUAUAUACAGUUGAAGUCGGAGGUUUACAUACACCUUAGCCAAAUAUAUUCAAACAGUUUUUCACAAUUCCUGACAUUUAAUCCUAGUAAAAAUUCCCUGUCUUAGGUCAGUUAGGAUCAGCACUUUAUUUUAAGAAUGUGAAAUGUCAGAAUAAUAGUAGAGAGAAUUAUUUAUUUCAGCUUUAAUUUCUUUCAUCACAUUCCCAGUGGGUCAGAAGUUUACAUACACUCAAUUAGUAUUUGGUAGCAUUGCCUUUAAAUUGUUUAACUUGGGUCAAACGUUUUGGGUAGCCUUCCACAAGCUUCCCACAAUAAAUUGGGUGAAUGUUGGCCCAUUCCACCUGACAGAGCUGGUGUAACUGAGUCAGGUUUGUAGGCCUCCUUGCUCGCACACGCUUUUUCAGUUCUGCCCACAAAUGUUCUAUAGGAUUGAGGUCAGGGCUUUGUGAUGGCCACUCCAAUACCUUGAAUUUGUUGUUCUUAAGCCAUUUUGCCACAACUUUGGAAGUAUGCUUGUGGUCAUUGUCCAUUUGGAAGACCCAUUUGCGACCAAGCUUUAACUUCCUGACUGAUGUCUUGAGAUGUUGCUUCAAUAUAUCCACAUAAUUUUCCUUCCUCAUGAUGCCACCUAUUUUGUGAAGUGCACCAGUCCCUCCUGCAGCAAAGCACCCACACAGCAUGAUGCUGCCACCCCUGUGCUUCACGGUUGAGAUGGUGUGAUGAUCCAGGCUCUGUCUUAGCCGGCCACGACCGGGAGGCCCAUGGGGCGGCGCACAAUUGGCCCAGCGUUGUCCAGGGUAGGGGAGGGAAUGGCCGGUAGGGAUGUAGCUCAGUUGGUAGAGCAUGGCGUUUGCAACGCCAGGGUUGUGGGUUCGAUUCCCAGUAUGAAAAAUAAAAAUAAUGUAUGCACUCACUAACUGUAAGUCGCUCUGGAUAAGAGCGUCUGCUAAAUGACUAAAAUGUAAUGUAAAUGUGUUCUUCGGCUUGCAAGCAACCCCCUUUUUCCUCCAAACAUAACGAUGGUCACAAACAGUUCUAUUUUUGUUUCAUCAGACCAGAGGAUAUUUCUCCAAAAAGUACGAUCUUUGUCACCAUGUGCAGUUGCAAACCGUAGUCUGGCUUUUUUGUGGCGGUUUUGGAGCAGUGGCUUCUUCCUUGCUGAGCGGCCUUUCAGGUUAUGUCGAUAUAGGACUUGUUUUACAGUGGAUAUAGAUACUUUUGUACCUGUUUCCUCCAGCAUCUUCACAAGGUCCUUUGCUGUUGUUCUGGGAUUGAUUAGCACUUUUCGCACCAAAGUACGUUCAUCUCUAGGAGACAGAACGCGUCUCCUUCCUGAGCGGUAUGACGGCUGCAUGGUCCCAUGGUGUUUAUACUUGCGUACUAAUGUUUGUACAGAUGAACGUGGUACCUUCAGGCAUUUGGAAAUUGCUCCCAAGGUUAAACAAUUUUUUUUCUGAGGUCUUGGCUGAUUUCUUUUGAUUUUCCCAUGAUGUAAAGCAAAGAGGCACUGAGUUUGAAGGUAGGCCUUGAAAUACAUCCACAGGUACACCUCCAAUUGACUCAAAUUAUGUCAAUUAGCCUAUCAGAAGCUUCUAAAGUGUGACAUUAUUUUCUGGAAUUUUCCAAGCUGUUUAAAGGCACAGUCAACUUAGUGUAUGUAAACUUCUGACCUACUGUCAUUGUGAUACAAUUAAUUAUAAGUGAAAUAUUCUGUCUGUAAACAAUUGUUGGAAAAAUUACUUGUGUCAUGCACAAAGUAGAUGUCCUAACCGACUUGCCAAAACUAUAGUUUGUUAACAUGACAUUUGUGGAGUGGUUGAAAAAUGAGUUUUAAUGACUCCAACCUAAGUGUAUGUAAACUUCCGACUUCAACUGUAUAUAUCUGUGCUGGUUGGAACAUGUAUUUUGUCUUAUGUGGCUAUGGGACCCAGUGGGUGAAUAAACUUGGUUGAGCUUUAUUAAUCGUCCGUGAGUUUUACUCGGUUCCUUUAGAACCUAACACUGUGUAUUGAAAUACAUAUUGACACAACACUGUGUAGAUUGGUUGUCUAAUAUGGUUGUUGUCUCCAUGUGUUUUAGUUUGUCUCUCCGCUUCAGACAGUCGCUGUGACUCCAAUGAGAUCGUGAAGAUUCCCAUCGUAAGUUUUCCGCUCUAUUCCUUUAGUUACAGUAUGUCAUUGGGGUUAUGUUAUCUACCAUCAGUGUAGAUCAAAAAUCUGAUUUCAUCAUGAGGGUCUGCGUACCCACAUACACUACCGGUCCAAAGUUUUGGAACACCUACUCAUUCAAGGGUUUUUCUUUAUUUUUACUAUUUUCUACAUUGUACUAUAAAAUAACACAUAUGGAAUCAUGUAGUAACCAAAAAAAGUGUUAAACAAAUCAAAAUAUAUUUUAUAUUUGAGAUUCUUCAAAUAGCCACCCUUUGCCUUGAUGACAGCUUUGCACACUCUUGGUAUUCUCUCAACCAGCUUCACCUGGAAUGCUUUUCCAACAGUCUUGAAGGACUUCACACAUAUGCUGAGCACUUGUUGGCUGCUUUUCCUUCACUCUGCGGUCCGACUCAUCCCAAACCAUCUCAAUUUGGUUGAGGUCGGGGGAUUGUGAAGGCCAGAUCAUCUGAUGCAGCACUCCAUCAUUCUCCUUCUCUUGAUAAAAUAGCCCUUACACAGCCUGGAGGUGUGUUGGGUCAUUGUCCUGUUGAAAAACAAAUGAUAGUCCGACUAAGCCCAAACCAGAUGGGAUGGCGUAUCGCUGCAGAAUGCUGUGGUAGCCAUGCUGGUUAAGUGUGCCUUGAAAUCUAAAUAAAUCACAGACAGUGUCACCAGCAAAGCACCCCCACACCAUAACACCUCCUCCUCCAUGCUUUACGGUGGGAAAUACACAUGCGGAGAUCAGCCGUUCACCCACACCGCGUCUCACAAAGACACAGCGGUUGGAGCCAAAAAUCUCAAAUUUGGACUCCAGACCAAAGGACAGAUUUCCACCGGUCUAAUGUCCAUUGCUUGUGUUUCUUGGCCCAAGCAAGUCUCUUCUUCUUAUUGGUGUCCUUUAGUAGUGGUUUCUUUGCAGCAAUUUGACCAUGAAGGCCUGAUUCACUCUCCUCUGAACAGUUGAUGUUGAGAUGUGUCUGUUACUUGAACUCUGUAAAGCAUUUAUUUGGGCUACAAUUUCUGAGGCUGGUAACUUUAAUUAACUUAUCCUCGGCAGCAGAGGUAAGUUAAUUAAAGUUACCAGCCCAGAGUUACCAGGUAACUCUGGGUCUUCCAUUCCUGUGGCAGUCCUCAUGAGAGCCAGUUUCAUCAUAGCGCUUGAUGGUUUUUGCGAACUUCUUGAAAUGUUCCGUAUUGACUGACCUUCAUGUCUUAAAGUAAUGAUGGACUGUCAUUUCUCUUUGCUUAUUUGAGCUGUUCUUGCCAUAAUAUGGACUUGGUCUUUUACCAAAUAGGGCUAUCUUCUGUAUACCCCCCUACUUUGUCACAUAACAACUGAUUGGCUGAAACACAUUAAGAAGGAAAGAAAUUAACUUUUAAGGCGGCACACCUAAAAUGCAUUCCAGGUGACUACCUCAUGAAGCUGGUUGAGAGAAUGCCAAGAGUGUGCAAAGCUGUCAUCAAGGCAAAGGGUGUUUUUUUUUGUUACUACAUGAUUCUAUAUGUGUUAUUUCAUAGUUUUGAUGUCUUCACUAUUAUUCUACAAUGUUGAAAAUAGUAAAAAUAAAGAAAAACCCUUGAAUGAGUGGAUGUUCUAAAAUCAAAUCAAAUCAAAUCAAAUCAAAUUUUAUUGGUCACAUGCGCCGAAUACAACAGGUGCAGACAUUACAGUGAAAUGCUUACUUACAGCCCUUAACCAACAGUGCAUUUAUUUUAAACAAAAAAGUAAGAAUAAAACAACAACAAAAAAGUGUUGAGAAAAAAAGAGCAGAAGUAAAAUAAAGUGACAGUAGGGAGGCUAUAUAUACAGUAAAAUAAAGUGACAGUAGGGAGGCUAUAUAUACAGGGGGGUACCGUUGCAUAGUCAAUGUGCGGGGGCACCGGCUAGUUGAGGUAGUUGAGGUAGUAUGUACAUGUGGGUAGAGUUAAAGUGACUAUGCAUAAAUACUUAACAGAGUAGCAGCAGCGUAAAAAGGAUGGGGUGGGGGGGCAGUGCAAAUAGUCCGGGUAGCCAUGAUUAGCUGUUCAGGAGUCUUAUGGCUUGGGGGUAGAAGCUGUUGAGAAGUCUUUUGGACCUAGACUUGGCACUCCGGUACCGCUUGCCGUGCGGUAGCAGAGAGAACAGUCUAUGACUAGGGUGGCUGGAGUCUUUGACAAUUUUGAGGGCCUUCCUCUGACACCGCCUGGUAUAGAGGUCCUGGAUGGCAGGGAGCUUUGCCCCAGUGAUGUACUGGGCCGUACGCACUACCCUCUGUAGUGCCUUGCGGUCAGAGGCCAAGCAGUUGCCAUACCAGGCGGUGAUGCAACCAGUCAGGAUGCUCUCGAUGGUGCAGCUGUAGAAUUUUUUGAGGAUCUGAGGACCCAUGCCAAAUCUUUUUAGUCUCCUGAGGGGGAAUAGGCUUUGUCGUGCCCUCUUCACGACUGUCUUGGUGUGUUUGGACCAUGAUAGUUCGUUGGUGAUGUGGACACCUAAAGCUUUUGACCGGUAGUGUAGAUGCAGUCAGAGCUGGCCCUAUGUGACAUUUUGUUGUGUGUCCCCCACCCCCACCGCUACCUUGCGAGCACAACAUUUUAGUGGCCCCCCUCUUGACAGCAAAGCGUUAAUUUCAUGCAAGUCUACACAUUUUGCCAUGGGGCGUGGAGAAAAUGUUUCAGUUUUAAAGCAAGUUUUCUGCAAUUCUACACAUUUUGCCAUGGGGCGGAGAGAAGAUUGCGCAACUCAUUUCAUACAAUUCUACUCAUUUUGCCAUGGGACAGAGCGAAAUGUUUGCAUAUCUGAGUGUCCAACAAAAUCAAUGGGGGCCCCUGGUCGUAAAUUCAACCAUGAUUACUACAAGUUUAGAUAGCUGGCUACACUAAACGUUUUAGCUGACAUGGGCUGAUUGAGUGACUGCCAGUGACUGCUGAUGCACAACCAAAUUUAGAAAUUGCACCUUGUGGAUUCUACUAUUAUAACUCUCAACAGUAAGUUGAGAUCCUGACUGAGUUCCUAAAAAUUGAUCCGCGGGCCUACAAAAGGGGGGCCAUGCUGCCAGUUAACCAUCCCUGGUGUAUAUCAGUAUAUGUCUGUUGGCUGUAUAUGAAUCUUUGGUGGUGAAUUGUUUUCAUGCGUCUUCUCAGAAUGUCUCAGUGUACUUUGAUCUGUUUAGAGACACAGUCGAAGGUCAUAGUGAUGCGUCACUCACUAUUUCUAGUCUUGGCAGAAGAUUAGUCACACCGCCCUGACCCAUAUCAACUAAUUAUGAUUAUAUGUAUGAUAUAUUUUACGCUCGCUCUCCAUGCCCUCUCCUUAUAUCCCUCACUCUCUCUCUCUCUUUCUCUCUAUAUAUCUCUCUCUCUCUCUCAGGAUGAGAGUGGACCCACAGCAGAGGAGAGACAAAACAGCCAGAACGCCGGCCUGGAGGGGGAAGAAGCAGAGGAGGUCCGUCCCGAGUCACGUCCCCUGCUGCAGGAGACCCAGGGUGGGCUGAUCAAGGCCUCCCCUCCCCUGAGCCUGGGGGAGGACGAGGACCGGGGCCUAGGUGACAGCCUGCCCAACACCACCAGCUCCUCCCAGACAAGCCUGUCGGCCUUGCCCACCGCCGGGGCAGCCUCAUCGAGCAGCUCUCCCCGACAUAGCCCCUCCACCCAGAGACUGCAGCCCACAGCCGGGGUGAGAGAAGGAGGGAGAGGUGGUUGGGGGGCGGUGGAGGGAGGGAGAUGUUGAAGGAUAUGGGGGAAGAGAAGGUUAGAGGAGGACAGGGACCUUGCGAGAGAGGGGAACAGGGGGGAUGGUGAUAGCAGGGGGAGAAGGGGACAGGGACCCUGGGGCUAGGUUUGGCCUAGGACACAAAACCAAACAUACCCUGCUAGCAGCAGAUCAUGUGAGCACGGAGACUGGAGUUGUGCGUUCCUGCAGCAGACACAUAUCCUGAGAAGUGCAAUAACACGUUUUCAGUAUUUUUACCAAGGCAGACUUUCAUAAUACUAAUAAUAUUUCUGAACGGAUAAGGGAUUUUGUCCCCGGUAAUCUGUAGAAGGGCUGUGGUUAACUCUUGUUUAUCCAUCUGUCGUGUUUCAGGAUGAUCCUCUGCAGAAGAAAUUGGUGCCCCUGCUAGGUAAGAGACCCCGCACAGCUGGAGGGUGGGCCGGGUUCUAGUAGGGAGGCAGUGGUGUAGUGGAGGGUAUACGCAGGUAUACGCCAUAUACCCACUUAUAUUUCAGUGGGCAUUGCGUGUACUCACUUCUUAAUCCCCACUGAUACGUAUUUAAGUAGUGUGGUGAAAGUAUACGCUGUAUCAAUGAAUAAAGCUGAUGGAACAGAUCAGAAUGUAGCUUACAUUUUUUAUAAACUAUUAUUUAUUUGUUCCAAAUUGAAAAUGCGGGAAAACACCAUUCGCAUUCUAAAAUGCGAACCGCACAUGCAAGCAGUUUCAUGGGCAUAGAUGGAAAUAUCCAUUAGAAAUGUAUCAUUGCUAAUAUGACUAGGAUAAUGCCUUUGGCUGCUAGACAAUGAAAGAAAGUUGAAAGAAAACCAAUAGAACAGGAGAACGCAUGAGUAAGUCUUUAUAUAAAUAAUUACGUUUCUAUGGUGGGAUUUUGGCAAUAGGCUACUUUGAAGCAAGGUAAGACAUGCCUCAUAAUAUGAAGUAAAACAUCCAGGUGUCAAACAAUGAAGGAACAGGAGAAAUAUAGCAAUGCUAAUGAUAGGCCUAAUCAUCUUCUGGUAGAUUGAAAGGCUUUCCCCAAAACCUUCUCUAUUAAACGUUAACUAGCUACAAAGUAGCCUAUGCCUACCUGUCAGAAUGAUAUCAUGAUUAUUUGCAUCAAUCCAGUGGACAUUUAUUUUGCCUACUCCAUCUCAUGUGCAACAGAAACACAGCUAACCAAACAACAGUGCUAGGUGCCUGCACACUUGAAUUAAAGAGUAACUACACUCAAAAAUCUAAAUUUCUUAGAUUUUUUCCAUACCUCAAAAGUGGUCUCCUGAUGUGGUUCAAGCAUUGUUAUGGACUUACAAUUUUGUUGUUUUUCUGUUAAAGAAGUGUGACCUUGAGAGCGAAAAUAGGGAAAAUCUGAAACCCGUGAGUUUCUGACUCCGUUGACAGCCUCAUUUAUCUGUUUCAAUAGUAGGCCUACUAUUAGCCUACUUGCACAGUACAGCUUGGUUUGGCCUGAUUGUGAAAGACCAAUAUGGGAUUUAUCAAUAUUGGUCAUUCAGAGUGUAUGUGAUUGUUUCUCAUAACACCUCCUCCUCCCGGGCGGGCUGGUUGGAAAUGUUUUGGCAAAAUUAGAGUAUACCCACUUCUCCAGGCACCACUACACCACUGUAGGGUGGGGUUCCACAAACACCGUAAACAACACAUUCAUCAUAACCUGACUGCGGUCUGUUCAGAACAGUGAAUUGUUACAGAACAGUCUGAUAGAAAUGUAUUGUUUAGAACAAAUACUGUGUGAUUGUCAGGUAAAUAGUUUUUGCUACUGAACUAUACUAUUAUGUAGUCACUAUAGCUUGGCAUUGUUUUUAUCUCUGCCUGAAGUAAAUUCGGUGUGUGUAGCACUUAUUUACUAACGGCUCCACGUUUUAACCUCGUUAGCUCUGUAUUCAGUGGUUAAUUGCUUUAUGAGUUAAUUCUCCGGCACUAAAAGGUUAGCAACAAUUUACAAUUUGGAUGCUAAAAAGGAGCUCUAUUGUAAGACCGAGAAAAUGAACAAAAUGUGAUGGGGGAAGCACACCGCCGCAGAUUCAGAAACAGAUAAUAGUUGAUGCAGAGCACUAUUAGUUCAGUGCAUGACUGUACAUGUUUAUCUAUUGUUGAAGAAGAGCUUUAUUAUUGUUUUCUGCUUAAGAAUUGUAAUUCAUUGAAGUGAAAUCAUCAGGAAAAGGAAAAAUCACGAUAAAGAGUUAUGCUUUCUAAGAUAAAGGGCAUGACCAUGUGACCAGUUCAGGAAGAAAGUCUGGACUUACUUAUUGUCUAUAACUAACUCCCCUAGUUUUGAUAUCAGCAACAAUGAAUUAGCAAAGAUGUAACCAAGGUACCACUUCUUCUCCUUUCUCUCCCCAGGAGAGGAGACGUCCCUGAAGAAGAGCUUCGACCUCUUCGACGAGUGGCUGGACGUGCGGAUCCACAACAAGUUCUUCCGCUACAUCGGUGUCAAUGACAACCACAUCAAGAUGGCAGAUAGUGCCCCUCCUGGCGACAAGGUGUACGACCUGCUGAAGAACUGGAUGCAGAAGGAGGGUCUGAAGGCAGACAUCAAUGUCCUGCUCCAGGCCCUUCUCAGCCUGGACCAGAGGCGCUCCGCUGAGAGCAUCGCCUUUGCUGCCAUUCAGAGGGGCUACUACAAACACGCAGACAUGCCCUGACACCCCCAGCCCACUGGGGGGCGCUGCCUUGGAGACGUGUGUGGAUUGCGAUUAAAUUAAAAACAUUGUUGAAAGACAACGUCAACUCUUAUCGGCCUAAAUGGUCUGAUGUAUUCGGCCUUCAGGCCAGUGCUUUCUUUUAAAAUGGAGGAGUUGGAGACGGAUGUUGUUGUCUUUCGAAGAUCGGCGAAUAUAGUCUGCUGUAUUCAUCCUAUAGACCAGUGCUCUAAAACAAGACAAAAAAUUGAAAUGCAGGAUUUAGAGAUUCUUCUUACAAGAUGACAUCAACUGUAAUCGACCUAUAUGGCCUGGUAUGUUCAGCCUUGAUAGGCCAACACUUUCUAAAACAAAACAAAACAAAAAAGAGGAGUUGGAGAACGAUGUUAGCGGCUGUUGUGGACAGAUGUAAGCUGAGAGGUGAUUGGGUGGGUCUGGAGCUCACCUUUGAUCUAAAUGAUUUUACACCCUGCCCCUUCUCUAUGAGCGACUGACAUGGCUUAUAGGCCAAUACUGACCCCUGGGACAGGGACAUACACUGGUUUGUAGGAGUGGCAUUAGCUAGCUUUUUGUCACUGAUACUGCGUCUUCUUGAUGCACUGGCCUCUGGCACAU